CUUCAUUUUGGCAAGAGAUCAGUCCCAAGACUAAAACGCUGCGUUUCAAAAUUUUCAAAGAGACGUCGUCGUCUACAACACUAGGAGCAUUUCAGAAAAUUUCAGGCUUGGCGUUUCCUCUUCUCUUGCAGUCCAUGCUCGUUUUACCGAUCCACACUUUUGGUUUCUCAUUUGAUACCAGAUCACGUGUUAACGAUGUGGGAAGCUAGUUGAGACCAAUUUCUUUUCAAAUUGAACUCUGAGGAGCUGCUCGAAACCAAUUUCUUCCUUUGCUGCUAAUAUCCCAACAUAAAAUGGAUGGUGGUCGGCAACAUGAAAAUGGGAGACAUAAACCGGAUUAUUACAGAGGAUCACACUCUCCGUGGAAUAUGGGGCCCCAGCAUCAAGUAAAGGAACCAAAUGCCUUGGUCAUGAAUAAGAAGAUCAUGUCCAUAAUCGCUGAGAGGGAUGCUGCAAUUCGUGAAAGGAAUGCAGCGCUAUCAGAAAAGAAUGAAGCCUUGGCUGCGCGGGAUGAGGUGCUCCGGCAACGGGAUGAGGCAAUUGCUCAGCGGGAUGUUGCCCUAAUGGAACGAGAUAAUGCCCUUGCAGCCCUUCAAGUCCGGGAUCAUGCCAUGAGCUUCCCAUUGGGUGGUGGAAUUCAGCGUGGAUCAAAGCGCAUGCACCACCCCUCAAACCAUCUAGUUAACGUGGCCGAAGCUCCUUACAGCACGAAGGAAGCGCAAAUAACUGAUGCCUUCCCAAUAACCGUUAUUGCUUCUGAAGCUGUCAAGUCACAUCAGUCAAAGAGAACAAAGGAAAACAAGGCAGUUUCAUCCAAGGCAUCAAAACCUCCACGAAAAGGGAAGAAAGUGGGCGAGGAUUUGAAUAGGCAGGCUUCUUGUGAUGGUACUAAGUAUAGAUCUGAGUGGGAUAGUCAGGAUCUGGGCUUGAACCUAAUUACUUUCGAUGAGUCCACCAUGCCGGUUCCAGUUUGCUCUUGCACCGGAGUACAUCGACAAUGCUACAAAUGGGGAAAUGGUGGGUGGCAGUCAUCUUGUUGCACCACCAGGUUGUCUAUGUAUCCACUACCUCAGAUGCCAAAUAAGCGCCAUGCUCGAGUCGGGGGUCGAAAAAUGAGUGGAAGUGUCUUUACCAGAUUGCUCAGUCGGCUGGCUGCAGAAGGCCAUGAUCUGGCACUACCAUUGGAUCUCAAGGAUUUCUGGGCCAGACACGGAACAAAUCGCUACAUCACCAUCAAAUAGCUUAGGAAACACUCUUUGGGAUGGAGUACGUUUUGCUUUUAUGGCCUCACUAUCAUAUCUUAAAUUUGUCUGAUUGCUUCAUUAGCAAAUAUUGCUGAACUGAAUGGACACAAAGAUGGAGCAUUGCUAGAAGGUGUUUCAAUGAUCCUUUUGUUUAUACAUUGUAAUUAGACCCUAGUUCUAUCCCCCAAUGGAGAGGAAUUCUUUUUUGGGCACCGGAGUUUGUAAAUCAUCAGAUUAGGUGGCCAGAUUAAAAGGGCUUUGCUUGUUUUGCAGCCUUACCAA